ACCCUCCCUGGGGAUUUCAAAAAUGCAGUAUUUGAAUUUUGGUGAGUGGUAAAGCCUCUGCCCUAGGACCCAUUUGACAAAUGAGAAGGCGUGCAGCAUCAGCACCAGCCGACUGAGCUUCAGUGAGUCAAUCUCUGUGCUAGUCAGCAAGCUCCUGUUGGGAGACGCUGAGCUCCAGCGCUUCACUGUCAUUGAGGAAGUUACACUGACUCUUCAUUAGGCUGCAGGCUUUGGUUAAAUCUUAUCCCCCCCCUCCUUCUUCCAUCCAGUUUAAGCAAUUUCAGUUUUAAUUUGCCUAGUUGCCUUAACUGACAAAUGAACAGAGAUUUUCAAAACUAGGAAAGCAAACAAAGGAUUUUUAAACUUAAAGAAAAGCAGCUUUCAAAAAAAAGAGAAAAGAGGAAGAAAAAAAAAAACACUGAAAACCUGCUGACAAGACAGGACAAACGUGCUUGCAUGCUAGCUGCUUCACUUGUUCUACGCCGACUCCAGAGCAACACCAUGCAGCAUCCUCUGACGGGUGCAACUUGUGUGGCACUGCCAAAUGUGGGAAUGUGUCCACAGCUUUCUUGUGCCUUGACUUUUAUGUACUUGCAGCAGGGUAAUCAGGAAGGAACACCACCUCCUGACACAAUGGCGCAGUCUUAUGCAUCUCCUCAGUUUGCCCCAACCCAAAAUGGAAUUCCAGCAGAAUAUACAACUCCACAUCCAGCUCCAGACUACACAGGGCAAACAACAGUCACCGAUCACACGUUAAAUUUAUACCCUCCAGCCCAAACACACUCUGAACAGAGUGCCACGGAUACAAAUGCACAAACUGUCUCUGGCACAGCAACACAGACAGAUGAUGCAGCACAGCCUGAUGGACAGCAACACACACAACUUUCUGAAAACACAGACAACAAAACACAACCUAAGAGACUUCAUGUUUCAAAUAUCCCCUUCAGAUUCAGAGACCCAGAUCUUAGACAAAUGUUUGGGCAAUUCGGUAAAAUCUUAGAUGUUGAAAUCAUUUUUAAUGAACGGGGCUCCAAGGGAUUUGGUUUCGUAACAUUCGAAAAUAGUGCUGAUGCGGACAGGGCGAGAGAGAAAUUACACGGCACAGUGGUAGAGGGUCGUAAAAUAGAGGUUAAUAAUGCUACUGCCCGCGUUAUGACAAACAAAAAAACCUUAAAUCCUUACACAAAUGGAUGGAAGCUGAAUCCUGUUGUGGGAGCAGUUUAUAGUCCUGAAUUCUAUGCAGUACCAGGCUUCCCCUACCCUGCAGCUACAGCUGCUGCUGCUGCUGCUUACAGAGGUGCACACCUCAGAGGCCGAGGCCGUACAGUCUACAACACAUUUCGUGCUGCAGCACCCCCUCCUCCAAUCCCAGCUUAUGGCGGGCCUUCGCCUAUUCAACUUCCAGUCUGUUAUUCAAACCACUGCCCGGUUGCCAAGGUCAGUGACCCUAGCAACCAGAUAGCAGUUUUAAUGCCAAACUGGAGAGCUGCAGAACAAAAAAGUGUUGUUUACCAGGAUGGAUUUUAUGGUGCAGAUAUUUAUGGAGGUUAUGCAGCUUAUCGAUAUGCUCAGCCUGCUACAGCAACUGCAGCAGCCUAUAGUGACAGUUACGGACGAGUUUAUGCUGCCGACCCCUACCACCACACACUUGCUCCAGCAGCCACCUACGGCGUUGGUACCAUGAAUGCUUUUGCACCCAUCACUGAUGCCAAGACUAGGAGCCAUGCUGAUGAUGUCGGUCUCGUUCUUUCUUCAUUACAGGCUAGUAUAUACCGAGGGGGAUACAGCCGUUUUGCUCCAUACUAAAUGACAAUACCAUAAAACUCUUCCAGUGUGGGGAAAAAAGAAGCUUUCCGAGGCCUGGGUAUUGCAAUACAUGCAGUAGUGCAUCAUUUUAGCAACUCUUAAAAAAUACAUUAAAAAAUGGAAAAUUACAUUUUUUAUCUUAUACCUCAGAUAUUUUUGUUCUAUGUAUUUUACUAUUGUGGGUCUUUAAUUUCUGAAGGUUCUGUAGUUGAUUGUUGGCUGUAGACAUUUUUUUGUGGUUGAUUUAAAAAGCAACUACUGUAGAUAUGAAUAAAAGUAUUUUAGGGCCACAAUCAAGAUUGCUAUAAUAUGUAAAAUAAUUAUAUAUGCUGAAUAUUACAAUAUUGAAAAAUUACAUUUUGUAAGAGUGUGACUAUAGCAGGAAUUUUUCUGCAAUUGCAUAUAUUUUCAUUUUGGGGAGGGCUAUAAAGCUAAAUAAAAAAAAUGCAAAAGAUUGUCAUUGCACCUACUCUUAUUAGUGUUGUAAAGUAUUUAUUCAAAGUCCAGAGCCAAAGGUUGUGUUAAGUUUUGACGUUUUCACUCUUUGUACAUAUUAAUCAAGGGGAAGCUAACAUAAGGAUCUUUUUUAAACCAUUCCAUUAGGCAGUACAUAUUAAAACAGCAAGUAGGUAUUGAGGCGUAAGGAUAAAUCCAACAGAAAAAAAAUUUGAGAUUAAAAAAAAUUAACAAAACAAAAAAUAUUGAAAAAAAAAAAUACAAUAAA